AUGCAGAUUACACCCAAGAUGUCAUCGUCGCCAAAUCUCCUGACAUCGACUGAACCCGUUACGUCGCCAACGACUGAAAUACCGGCUCCAUCCGUGACGCUGACGACAACCGAGAGAUUACACGCCAAAGACUGUCAUUCAACGUCCAUCGUCGCCAAAUCUCCUGGACAUGCGACUGAACCCGUUACGUCGCCUACGAUUGAAAUACCGGCUCCAUCCGUGACGCUGACGACAACCGAGAGGUCCGCCAAAGACAAAGCGCCGACCACAGCUGCAGUACCACUAGCGUCUGAAAUGCAGAUUACACCCAAGAUGUCAUCGUCGCCAAAUCUCCUGACAUCGACUGAACCCGUUACGUCGCCUACGAUGAAAUACCGGCUCCAUCCGUGA